AUGUCCAGGCGUAUCGAGGCGUUUGUGAAACCCUAUCGUGGUAGUGGCGAUGAUUUCGAGGCCUUCUGGUCUAAGUUUUUAGUAUUAGCGAACCUCCAGCAGUGGAGUUCGGGCACAGACAAGAUGAACAAUUUACCAUUGUUUCUGGAGAACGAGGCCUACCUGGUGUGGGAGGAGCUUUCGUCUACCGACAAAGCUGACCCGGAUGCGGUGGAAGCAACUUUGAAGAGUGCAUUCAGUACGACGCCUAAUGCAUCUUUCCAGAAAUUUCGUGCCUGCACGUUGCGGACCGAUGAGAGCGUCGAAGGGUACGCUGCAGACUUGAAGAAACUGCUAGUUGGUGCUGGCCAGAAAGUCGCGAGUGACGGCAAAGACCGUGUAGUCAUCGAGCAGUUCGUUGCUGGUUUGCCCUGGGAGUUUCAACGCCAGUUGCGAAUAAAUUGUUCCAGGGCGUCUGUAUCUGACUGUAUUGAGUAUGUCCGUCGCUUGCGGAGCGCGGAGGGUACGUCGCGUCCGAAAGAGCCGGUUGGCGCUGCGGCUGCUAGCUCCCAACGCAGCCGGAAUGUUUUAUGUUUUCGUUGUAAUCAGUCUGGACAUAUUUCCCGCAAUUGUCCCGCAAACCGGAGAUCUGGCAGCAGCAGAAGUCAUGGCAAUGGUGGUGGUCGGCCAGCUUUGACCUGUUUCUUCUGCGAUGAGACAGGUCACGUGAAGCCAAACUGUCCGGAGUACAAGAAGUGGCGCCAGUCCCGCCAGCAGUCUGACACGUCCUGGCGUGCAAAGGAGUCUGAAGUGCAGGCCGCAGCACCUGAGCGCACGCCUGAUCCAUGCCUCUGUGUGCCUGAUGCGAAUGCAUGCUCUUUGCCGCGUCUCCAUGUGGAUAUUGCUGUGGGAGAACAGUCUGCUCGCCCUAAGGCAGUCGUGGACACCGGCGCCAGCCGCAACCUGAUGAGCCGGCAGCUGGUGGAGGCCCUGAAUGUGGAUGUUUGUCCGUCCGAACUGGCAAUUUCGGCUAUUGACGGCAACAGUGUGCCUAUCCAGGGUGAAGUUUCGCUGCAGGUGUCCAGACUCGAUGAUGCUGUUUAUCUGCCAUGCACUACGAGUCAGUUUCUCGUCGUCCCAGAUUUGCAUGCCGUUGGCUCAGAUCUUGUCAUUGGCCUGGAACUGAUUUCCGCACUGGGCGGUGUUGACGUCCAGUAUGAUCAUGGCGUGCUCACUGGUGUGACGUUUGGCACGAAACCGCAGACCGUUGACCCAGUUGCAGCUUCACCCGAGAGGUCGACCCAUGACCAUCCAUAUGGGCAUGUGACAGUUACCAGAGAUGACGAGGGUAAUGUCACCCUAGCAACGGAUGAUGGCCAAGUGUGCUGGGACGCUGCUCGUAAGAGAUGGGAGCUGACCUGGAAAUGGCAAAGUGGGAGCGAGCCUCAGUCGCCCGUUAGCUGUGGCAUAGGCGAGUACUCUCGCUCGAAACUGACUGAUGAGCAGGAGACCCUGUUCCAGCAGGAGGUCCGGACUUGGAUUGACAACGGCUGGCUGCAGCCGUAUGAUGUGGACCAACAUGGCCAGCCCAAGUGUGUGCUGCCUUUUCUUGCUCAAGUCCAGGAGCACACGUCGUCCACUCCAGUUCGCCCGUGCUUGGACUAUCGCAGGCUGAAUGCCUGCAUCAUCUCACAUCCUGGCUCAGAAGCACCUGCCUGUGGUGAGAAAUUACGGAAGUGGCGUCAGGCUGGACCUGCAUCUGAGUACGUUCUCCUGGACAUUCGCAAGGCCUACUUACAGGUCCAUGUCGCACCAUCAUUGCUGCCAUACCAGGUUAUCCUCGUCGACGGCCAGCGUUACGUGAAAGAACGGAUGGCGUUCGGUCUAUCCAUUGCCCCCAAGUUCCUAGUCAUCAGAGUGAAGUGGGUCUUGCGUGACGUGGUCGAUGCCGACAACUACGUGGAUGAUAUCCACGUGCCGCGUGACCGUGCUGCCGAAGUGUCCUCUCAGCUUGCUGUGUUUGGUUUUGAGAGCAAGCCUGCAGAGCCAUUGCCUGAUGCCCGUGUUCUGGGCUUACAGCUCCAUUCUAGCGCCAUGCACGGCUUCUUGAAGCGCCUCGUGUCUGGCCAGUCCGCAUGGGAUAAGCCUGUCUCUCCUGAAGUACAGCGGUUCCUCCAGGAACUGUCCGAUCGCUGUGUGCGAGAGGAUCCUGCUCAUGGUACGUGGCAUUCUUCCUCUACUGGUUCUGGUUUUGUUGUUCAUUGCGAUGCCUCUGAUGUUGCUAUUGGUGUUGUUUUGGAGUGUGAUGGUUCUGUUCUGGAAGAUCGUUUUUGGCUCCGGCCAAAGGACGACCGGCGUCAUAUCAAUCUUGCUGAGUUGAAUGCUGCCUUGAAAGGCCUCGAGCUGGCUAUUGAUUGGAAUGUCUCUUCUGUUGUGCUCAAGACAGACUCUAAGACUGUCUUUGGUUGGCUCCAGGCUGUGUUGCGCAAUACUGAAUGGGUGCGAGUUAGUGGUUUGCAACAUGUUUUGGUUCAACGUCGUCUGCAGAUCUUUACAGAUUUGAUUGAGGCAUCCGGUAUUUCGGUCAAAGUGCAAUGGGUGCCAAGUGCUGAGAAUCAUGCUGAUGUACUGACUCGUGUUCCGCAGCCGUGGGUUGCUCAUGCUAAGAAGUUGUGUUCUUCUGCUGAUGUCGCUGCUUCUGCCCCCUCUUCUACACUUUCACAUUCAUUUGAGUUUGACGUGUUGAAGUCUUGUCAAGCUACUGAUGAUGCUAUCCAGAGCGUUAUUCGCGAUUUGUCUCGUGACGUCUCUGUUUCUGAUCCGUCGUUCUGCAAGUUUCGUAAGCAGUUGUGUGUUAUUGAUGGUCUAUUGUGUCCCACUUGGCGUGACCCCGUCGACGGUGAGGUACUGGCUCCUGUUGCACCGCAAUCCACCGUUCCCGCUUUGAUUACUGCUGCUCAUGCCAAUAGAGGUCAUGGCAAUUGGGAAACUAUGUGGCGUUCUCUGUGUCAGUCUUGUUUCUUUCCAGGUAUGUCUUCGCUAUGCCAGGCCUAUGUGCGUAAUUGUCAGGCCUGCCAGGCUGCCAAUCCCCGCAGUGGUCCACCUGCUCCUGCUGUUCAGAAUGACGUUCCUGUCAAGCCGUGGGACAUUGUCCAGAUCAAUACACUGGAGCUCGGUGUCAACCAGACCGGUCAGUACCAUUGUGUGUUAGUGGUUGUCGAUAUGUUUUCCCGUUGGGUCGAGGUGGUACCUUUGCGGCGUCAUGAUGGUCGCUCUGUUGCUGAGGAAUUUCUGCAUCUCUGUUUGAAGUUUGGUCCGCCGCGUGUGGUGCGUUGCGACAAUGGUCAUGAGUUCCGCAAUGCUAUUGUGUCUUCUUUGUUGGAUGUGUUUGGUGUUUGCGUUCGUACUGGUGCGGUCCGUCACCCUCAGUCAAAGGGUGGCGCCGAGAGAUUCAAUCGUACUAUUCUCACUCUUAUUCGCAAGGUGUUGGAUACUGCUGCCGAUUGGCUAGCCGAGCUAGAGAUUCUUUUUACCGUACUCGUCCGCAUAGUGAAUUGA